AUGGUCUCCGCAUCAGCCGCCCUCUCUAGUCUUUCGCUCGCGAUUGCCGCGCUUUCCCCUUCUUCUAACAACCUCGCGGCCGCGGCCGCGUCGCAAUCCGGCGCGCUGACGUCGCUCAAGUACACGAACGUCGGCGGGUCUGGCUCGUACCAGCAGGUCACCAACAUGCUGCCGGGCACCUUCCCGACGUGCGACGUCAACCCGUCGUGCAUCCAGCAGCCGAAGCAGAUCUCGGGCAACCUCGCGCCGUUUAACGAGGAUCUGACGAUGGUCUUUCGCGGACCCAUGAACCUGCACAAUAUCGCUGUCUAUCAGCCCGGAAACUCCACUGGCGCCACUUGGUCGCAAGUGAGCUCGUGGGCUGCUGGUGGCUCUGGCUCGAACCUUGUGUUCAUGAACAACAAGGGCGGGUCGACGAGCGGUGAAUGGUCGAUCUGCGGCGGUUCUAGUCAGUCCUACGCCAACGGUGCGUUCACCGAUGCUGCCGCUUCUCCCAGUGCAAGCACCUACACCGGUAAUCUCCCCGACGGUCAGGAAGUGAACAUCAUGACUUCAACUGCGUGCACGUCCUCCACCUGUGACGGAUUCUUCCGCGGGACCGCCAACCUGGGCUGGGCCGACUCCAAGAUGUUCGUCAUGGAGGUCGAGAUGCCCUCGGGCGGGUCGACGCCCCCCGCCAUCUGGGCGCUGAACGGUCAAAUCGUGCGCAGCGCCCAGUACGGCUGCAACUGCCGCGGGCAGGGCUCGCCCGGCGGCUGCGGCGAGCUCGACGUCGUCGAGGUCAUCAGCGGGCAGGACCAGAACCAGGGCAUCUCGGAAAUCUACUCGUUCAAGGGCGCGACGGGCACGGGCAGCGACGCGUUCUUCUCGCGCCCCGCGAGCGGCACCGCGACGUACGCGGUUAUCUUCGACGUCAAGACCGACCAGAUUGCGAUCCAGCACUGGGACAGCUUCGAUUUCUCGACGGGCUCGGUGACCCGGAGUGAGAUCGACGGGUACUUGAAUGCUGGCGGUAAGGUCGUGUCGUUCCAGCAGUCGAGCUCGAAGCGCAGCGCGCGCCCGCAUAACUGGCUGAAGCGCCGCAAUUUCUGA